GCUUUUGAUUACCAAAAAAGACUUCCUUGCUUUUCUUCCUCGUUAAACAUUUGCUUUUCAUAUCAUUUACGUUACCAAAAGUUCAACAUUUGUGUUCUAACUUCUUUUUACGUAGCUAUGACAAUGAAGAGAAUGAGAGAAGAUGGUGGGAUAGAGAACUUAGACAUGGCUAAUUGUCUAAUGCUACUCUCUCAAAGCCUAGAGACCAAGCCCAGGAAAGCCUCACGGGUUGAUGUGUUUGAGUGCAAGACUUGUAAUCGCCAAUUCCCAUCGUUUCAAGCUCUUGGUGGCCACAGAGCGAGCCACAAGAGACCAAAAUUGAUGGGGGAAGAACUGAAAGAGCGUACAAAGUCUCAGAACCUGGGAAAUAAGCCUAAGAUGCAUGAGUGCUCAAUAUGUGGGCUUGAGUUUGCUAUGGGGCAAGCUUUGGGUGGUCACAUGAGGAGGCAUAGAGCAAUGAUGGAUAGUGCAUUUUCUUCCGCUGAUAUAGAAAAGAAAGUGCCUGUGCUGAAAAGAUCAAAUAGUACGCGGGUUAUGUGCUUGGACUUGAACUUGACACCUUUGGAGAAUGAUUUGAAGUUACUAUUUGGGAAGAAGGCUCCUCAAAUUGACUUUACUUUGAUGGUUUGAUUUGAUACCACAAUUUGUAGUGGGUGCUAGCUAUUUUUCAUUUCAGAUUCAUUGAUUUAUUUCAUGUACAAUACCAUUCUUUUUAUUUUUUUACAAUUUUUGUAUUGAAUUACAAUUUUUUUUCUUAUUUUGGUUCAUGUCUAAUGUAUUAAAACUUUACAUCCUCUA